AUGAACAGUGACGAGCAAAGGAUUUUUUCACUUGAUGGAGGAGAAUUACUGACUUCAGAAGAGGAAUUCACGCACCCGACCAACCAACAACCAUCAACUUCCUUCUUCAGCAAUUUUGGUUUACUGCCAACUUUCAGAAGAGAUGCAAAUCUUUCUACAGGAUUCGUUAUUCCAUUGCAACUGUCAGAUGAAUCAGUGUCAAGGCAGGAAUCUGCAGAUAUACCUUUACCGAUGCAUUAUAUUUCUACAGUUCCUCUUGAACUUCCCGCAUUUACUGUAUUUUCUCUACCAAUUAUACCACCUUUAAUAUCCGAUUCUGAAUUUCUAAACUCUUGGGCUUGGGAUCAGUGGCUUGGUUGCUUGGCCAGGUCACUCAGCCCAAUUCAGUGGCAACAGUAUUGGAUUAACUAUCUAACUUUGUUUGGUAUCACAGGUUUACCUCAGCAUCUAGUACACUUUUUCAUUACGGCUGCUUCUUUAAAUUUGCCUUCUGCUACUUCCUCAACUUUGUUUAAUUCGAUUUCUUCGAAAAACAAUGUCAAUGUCAUGGAUUUUUCACAGCAACUCUACGGUAUAAACUUUUUGGCUUCUUAA